AGAGAGUCCCAGGAGAAGACGGAGGAUGCUGCAGGGGGGAGGACUGAGGGAGAGCAGGGUGGGGGGGAGUAACAGGGCGGGGGGGAGUAACAGGGCCGUGCUGGUGUCAGUGGCUCAGUUUGACCCCGGGGUGAGGCUCGGGAGGAGGCCUGGAGCCCAGAGAGACACCAAGAAACUCCACAAAACGCUCAGCAAACUGGGCUUCAGAGUGGAGAUCCACAGCGACCUGAGCGGGGACCAGAUCUACCAGCUGUUCCUGGAAGAGAGCAGGCGCCCUGUUAAGGAUUGUUUUCUCGCCGUCUUGUCGUCUCACGGUGACGAGGGCUGUGUGUUCGGGGCUGAUGGGAAACCUGUCCUUCUGUCACGCAUUUACAAUUACUUCGACAACGAGUGCUUUGAGGAAAAGGCCAAAGUGUUCCUGAUACAGGCGUGUCGGGGGGGCGCUCUGGAUGACGGCGUGGAGGUGGACUCAGUCACUGACAGCAGCGAGUGCAGCUUCACUCAACAUCUCUCUGUUCCCAUAGACACAGCUGUGAUGUACGCCACGGCUCCAGGUUACGGAGCCUUCAUGCACCCUCUGGGCUCGGUCUUCCUGCAGACUUUCUGCCGCUUGUUGCAGGAGGAAGGGAACCGUGAGCUGGAGCUGACCCGCCUGAUGACCCGUCUCUCUCACAGCGUGGCCUUCACCUUCCAGGCCAAAGGAGGCGCUCUGGCCGGGAAGAAGGAGAUGCCGUGCUUCCUUACUCGACUGACCAGAGAAGUGUUCCCGUUCGCCUCCAUGCAAUAGAGUGGUGCAGGAACGAGUCCUAAAACCAGGAAGGGAGCUAGCAUUUUACCACUUCCUGUUUCUUCGUCUCAGACAAGCCCCCAGGAAGUGCGCCG